GAUCCGUCCCUUCCUGUUCCACCGCACCGAGAGACACACCGACGCCGCAACAGACGCGCACGGCUCGACUAUGUCUGGAGCUAGACAUGCUGGCAAAGGCGAGGUCGUUUGUUUUCCUACGUGAAACCGUCCGUUAGCAGUGCCACCGCAUAGCAUGGUGUUGUUUUAUUAGUUGGGGUUUACAUAUAUAUUUAUCUUUUUGCGUUUCGCAGCUACAACCCUUUGCUCCUUGUCUGUCAAUGAUUGUCUCACCCAUGCACUCAUGGCGGAGACAAAAAUAAUCUAUCACAUCGAUGAGGAGGAGACACCUUAUUUAGUGAAACUGACGGUUUCUCCCGAGAAAGUCACGUUGGCGGAUUUCAAAAAUGUGCUCAGCAAUCGUCCCGUCAGUAGCUACAAAUUCUUCUUCAAGUCUAUGGAUCAGGAUUUUGGGGUUGUCAAAGAGGAGAUCUCCGAUGACAACGCCAGGCUGCCCUGCUUCAACGGCAGAGUGGUCUCCUGGUUAGUGCUGACUGAAAGCACACACUCAGACAGCGGAUCUCACUGCACAGAGAGCAACCCUGAGCUGCCCCCACCGCUAGAGCGAACCGGAGGUAUCGGAGACUCCAGACCCCCCUCCUUUCAUGCCAAUGCAGUGAGCAGCCGGGAUGGACUGGAUACAGAGACAGGAAGUGAGUCUCUCCUGAGCCAAUGCAGAGAGAGGGAACGGGCACACAGGACACAGGACAGCAAGUUCCCACGGGUGAACGGCCACUCCAAGGCUGAGUGGUCUAAUCGGGAUUCGGCCAUAGGCUACGACGGUGCCUCGGUUAUGAGCAGUGAGCUGGAUUCCAGCUCCUUCAUCGACAGUGAGGAGGACGAGGAUGGCAGCAGACUCAGCAGCUCCACGGAGCAGAGCUCGUCCACCCGGCUCAUGCGGAGACAUAAACGCCAGCGACGGAGACACAAAGUGGUCAAAAUAGACCGGUCGUCCUCCUUCAGCAGCAUAACGGAUUCCACCAUGAGCCUCAACAUCAUCACCGUCACGCUCAACAUGGAGAAGUACAACUUCCUGGGCAUCAGCAUUGUGGGGCAGAGCAAUGACCGGGGUGAUGGAGGCAUCUACAUUGGCUCAAUCAUGAAAGGUGGUGCAGUGGCAGCUGAUGGUCGAAUUGAGCCUGGAGACAUGCUGUUACAGGUGAAUGAUGUGAAUUUUGAGAACAUGAGCAAUGAUGACGCCGUGAGGAUUUUGAGGGAGAUCGUUUCCAAACCCGGGCCCAUUAGCCUCACGGUGGCCAAGUGCUGGGAUCCAUCUCCUCGCAGUUACUUUACCAUCCCCAGAGAGCCUGUGAGACCCAUUGAUCCUGCCACCUGGAUCUCCCACACGACAGCGGUGACCGGAACGUAUCCACACUACGAGUUUGACGAGUUGCCUCUCUCGGCGGGCAAGACGGAUAUGGCCACCAUCGUGAAGGUGAUGCAGCUGCCUGAUUCUGGCCUGGAGAUCCAGGACAGGAUGUGGCUCAAGAUCACCAUAGCAAAUGCUGUUAUUGGUGCCGAUGUGGUGGACUGGCUGUAUUCACGUGUGGAGGGCUUUAAGGAGCGGCGCGACGCCAGAAAAUACGCCAGCAGUUUGCUGAAGCAUGGCUACCUGAGACACACCGUCAAUAAGAUUACCUUCUCUGAACAGUGCUACUACACUUUUGGAGACCUGUGCCAAAACAUGGCUUCACUCAACCUGAAUGAGGGAUCCAGUGGUGGUGGCUCUGAGCCGGACACGCUGGCACCUCUUCCGCUGCCAGGCACCAGCCCCUGGCCGUACCCCUGCCCGGGCUACCUAACCCAGCCCCCUGCUUCCCCCCCGGGCUACUCGGACCCCUGCCACAGCUUCCAUCACAGUGGCAGCGCCGGCAGCCAGCAGAGUGAAGGCAGCAGAAGUAGUGGCUCCAACCCCAGUACUGGGAAAGGACCAAGGCCCUCCCACCGCGAGAAGGACCACAAGCCUAUGUGCUGCGGGGGCAGUGAGUCGGAGCUGGGCACAUGGGUGGGGCUUCCCAGACCACCCAGUCCGCUGAGCCAUCCGAGUCAUCGCAGCCACACCCGUUCCUGUGUCAGUCAGGCCUGCUCCAUCCAAAGCCACGCCCAGUCUCACAGGAGCCGUGGCCUGUCCCAGCACAGCCACACUGUUUUCGCCUAUAGCCACGCCCCCUUCGCCCAGCCCAUUCAUGUGUCCUGUGCCCACAGUGAGAGAAGCCACGCCUCCUCCUACGGUCCACCAGGCCUGCCCCCACCAUACUGCCUGACCCGAGUGACCCCUAAGGCUCCGGUCAGCAGCAGUCCACCUGGAGGGCCUCCUGUGCGCGACUUAGGGAACAUACCUCCAGAGCUAACCGCUAGUCGCCAGAGUUUUCAACAUGCUAUGGGCAAUCCUUGUGAAUUCUUUGUUGAUAUUAUGUGACAGGAUAGUGCCUUUUAACACUUUCAGAGCACAAGACCCCAUCUUCUCCCUGGUCUCGCUGCUUUUCCUCCCUUAAACACUGUCCACUAUCACAGCACUAAGAAUGUACAAACUGACAGUCAACUAGACACUCACUGUCAUCCACCCACCCUGCACAGAAUCCAGAAAUCCACAACACUUCUAUCACAGCACAAAUGUCUACGACAUGCUGUACAUUCAUUGUGUGAAGUCAGAGAAAUGGCUGAACUACUGCAGCCUAGUGUGAUUUAAACUUCUUUGUUUCCUGCCAUUAUGCUAAUGUAACAAUCCAUCUCUGCUGAGUGUAACCACUCAGAGGCAGGUCAUGGAGCUCAGUGCCAGACUCUGACAAACGACAAAUGACUAUUCUGUAGGUGUGAAACCCACCAAAUGAGCUUGAGAUGCCAAGAUGGUCUCCAGUGACUCACCAAGCGGUUGAACACCUCAUUGCUGGGUUCUCUCAGACAGUUAUGUGCCUUUGGCGCUUACAGAUGGCAUGAUGACAAGAAAAACUCCUUUUUAAAGUAAGUAGUCAUUACUGUCCACUGGAAGUAACAAACCUGUGCUGGACUGGAUUCAGUCUUAUUUGGAUUAGAUGAUGUGCUUCUCGUGUCUCUCCCCAUUUCCCAGAGAUGGUUAGUCGUGCCAUAUGAUUCGAGUCUUACCCACUGUCUGGUCUACAGAAUGCAUCCUUUUGAGUCAACUAAGGAUUACCACAGCUCGGUUCUGCCAGAAGAUGCUGAAAUUCAGUUUUGGUGUUUUCUUCCUUGAGACAGUUUUACAUAUGGAUUGAUAAAUAUACAGAAGUUGCCUUGUGUGCAAUAAAAGGUCACGCAGACACUUGUUGAAGCUGUUGAGUUUGAACAGUAAUAGGUGCCAUUAUGAGAUAUGUGGUUUAAGCUGUAAAAGACAUGCCAAAAUGAGAUUUGCUGUUUAAACAAUAAUGGACAGGUGCCAAUACGAGAUGUAGUGUACACCAUCUUUGCAUAGAAUCUUCUACUCCUACAUUAAUGUUCUGGCAUUGGACUUCAUCACAAUGAAUGGCUAUAAUACAGAUUUGAAAGUGAUAAAAUGAAUGAAAUAUGAA